AUGGCUCCCGUCACUGUCCACAUCAAGCAUGCAGGGAAAACUCAUAACAUCACCGUCGACACCGAUCGACCCCCAAUAGCGUUCAAGGAGGAUAUUUACCAGAAGACGGGUGUUCCUAUUGAUCGCAUGAAAGUCAUGGUCAAGGGCGGUAUUCUAAAGGAUGAUGCGAAUUGGGCAAAGAUUGCCCCUAAAGAAGGCCAGACCUUCAUGGUGAUCGGUGCUGCAGGAGAACUUCCGAAGGCCCCAUCCAACCCAGUGAUCUUCCUUGAGGAUCUUGAUGACACAGAGCUCGCGAGAGCGUUGGCAUACCCUGUCGGUCUUAAAAACCUUGGCAACACUUGUUACAUGAAUGCCACAGUCCAAGCAAUGCGCGCCAUUCCUGAGCUACAGACUGUCCUUGCCUCGUUCGUCCCCUCGCAACCGACCUUGCCACUCGCACGCUCUCUACGCGACCUUUAUGACUCGAUGUCAAAGACAACAGAAGGCAUAAACCCACAGGCGUUCCUUCAGGAUCUUCGUCGGGCCGUCCCCCAGUUCGCAGAGAUGAGCAGGUCCGAGUCAGCCACCCUUUUUGGUGGAGGAUACGCACAGCAGGACGCGGAGGAGUGCUGGUCUCAGAUCACGAACAACCUCCAAGUUCUUCCAGGUCUGCCAGGCCCGUCUGGCUCUGCCUCCCAUGUGACUUUUGUCGGCCAGUAUAUGACUGCGGUCAUGCGUCGCGAACUCAAAUGUGACGAAGCUCCCGAAGAGCCCGUCGAUGUUUCGACCCAGAAGGUCCUCAAGGUUGAUUGCAAUAUUUCCAUCAAGACAAAUUUCAUGCAACCUGGCAUCUUGGCUGCUUUGGACGAGAAGAUCGAGAAAAUCUCACCUUCAUUGGGACGACCUGCAAUUUACUCGCAACGUAUGCGACUCGAACGGCUGCCUACAUAUCUCACAGUGCAUAUGGUCCGAUUUGCAUGGCGGCGUGAUAUCAACAAGAAGGCCAAAAUCAUGCGCCAAGUCAAGUUUCCCAUCGAGUUCGAUGCGCUGGACCUGACGACAGAUGGAUUGCGUGCCAAGCUGUCGCCCGUCAGCAGUAAACUGAAGUUGAUUGAGAAAAAUAGAGCCGAGCGACGCAAAGUGCGCAAACGCACAAAAGCGGCGAAGGCGGUGGUUCCAACCGAUAGAGAGGGUGAUGUUGACAUGGCUGAAGCUCCCCCAGUGGCACUUGAAGAAGCAGGGGAGCUACAGCCCGAGGAAGUGUACAGAGCAAAGGAGAAGGCUGAACUGGCUGAACUCGUCGAUGCUGACGUGAAGCAAGAUAUCGGAGCUAGUCAAACAGGGCUGUAUGACCUUGUUGCGAUUAUUACGCACAAGGGCCCUGACGCUGACGGUGGACAUUACAUCGGUUUCGUCAAGCGAUCUGUCUUCCACCCCGUGGGGCCGCAAUCCGCUCCUGCUCUUGACUCUUCGUCCAUCGCUCCCGCAGGCUUGGAAGAAGAUGACGAAGACUGGUACAAGUUUGAUGACGAGAAGGUGACCGUGUUCCCUUCAGAGAAGAUCCAGACACUUUGCGGCGGAGGCGAGGACGCGAGCGCAUAUGUAUUGUUGUACAAGAGCAAGUCGAUCGAUUGA